CGAUUGGUCCGUACAAGGUCUGACUAUACCUUUGGCAUACUACCCUAGUCUAGUGUUAUACAGGUCAGGUAUAUAGUCAUCUUCUCCUAGCUAGAUAGCAACUCAGCGCAGUAUUCUAUCAACUCGAUAGUCCUACGUUGUUGUUCACUGUAGCUAUCUGUGGGGGCGAGUGGACAGUACGCAUGUGGGAAGGAUUGAAGGAUUGAACUGACUGUUCUACAUGCUCUGGAGUGGAGCCAUACAUAAGGAAAUGUCUACGUUGAUGUUGUGUAGCUGUCAACAUAUAGUCGUGCGACGUAGCAACCAAUCAGCAGCGAUAACCGAGACAAUGGGCGAACACACGUCGUCGUCGCUGCUUCAACUUCCUCGAAAACUACGCGAUCGAAUCUGGAGCUAUGCAUACGGAGAUCUCAUCGUACAUGCUGAGCCAGCAUGUGUCGAUCAAAAGAUGAACCCUUCAGGGAACUAUGCCUUUAGAUAUGUCCUCUGCCAGCAGCUGGGCUCAUCUUCAGAUUCAUUGAAGAUGCUAGAGUGCUGUCCUGGUGCAAAGAGAGGCUCUGCAAACGGUGAACGAACACCCUUCUUCUGGCCAAUUGUGAACAAACAAUUCUGGGCCGAGACUAUCGAGAUAUUCUACGCAUCUGCAACGUUCAAAGUUGCAGGCAGCGUCGAUCUCUACAUACUGGCCUCUUCACAGCAGCAGAGUGUGAGACGCAUGCGCAAACUCGAGGUCCGGAUUGGCUUGGGCAUCAGACAUCACAACCGUAUCUGGAGCCCGGCAAGAUGCUCAAGCGUAAUCAAGCACUUCGAAAACUUACGAGGUCUCACACUACUGAUUGGCCUCGUAGUAGAAGACGACAGCAACUACACUGGCACAUGCGUCAACUACAAUUACGACAAUGGCAAACGCAUUGGAACAGUCAUUCGUGGCAGCAGAAUGGAAGGUUGGGUAUGGGAAGAGCAGAGGAACUGGUUUCCUGUGUUUCUGCGCUCAUUCCAGCAGCAUCAUCUACAGGACAAUCUCACCCGAGUCGCCGUCAUCGACAGGCGCAAACAGAAUCGGGGCAGGGCCUUCAACUAUCAUGAAAAGGACCCUAGAUCGAGGGAGAAAGAUUUAUGGCGUGAAGAUGUCGUCAUACAAGAAGCUCUGAGACAGGACCUUGCGGUUAGUAUGCGGGCAGUGUUACUCGGGCAGAACAUAAGCCAAUUAUUUCCGGACUGGGAAGUUGAGAACGAACGGCUGUUAGAGGAGAACGAACGUACAUAA